CCCCCUGCCAUAUUUAUUCAUGCCGGCAAGAUGGCGGCGAUACGGACGAGGUGUUAUUGCCAGUGGACAUAAAAAGGAAUUUUAUUCAAAAUAUAGAGCCGAGUCAGAUACGUUUUUACACUUGACCGUAUUGUGUGUGUGUUUACCACGUAACGAGCGUCGACGUUUUUUUUAUAUUACGCGUUUCAACGUUUUUUUCUCACAAAAUGUUCACGUUGUAGCUCGCUCGCUAACCGACCAGCUGGCUAACAGAGAGCAGUUACUAGCUCGCUAGCUAUCCAUCACAGCCAAACCGCCGUGAAGUGUAGAAUGGGAGAAAAGCUGGAGCUCAAGCUCAAAUCACCGGUUGGAGCAGAACCUGCUGGCUAUCCGUGGCCAUUACCAGUAUACGAUAAACACCAUGAUGCUGCUCAUGAAAUCAUCGAGACCAUUCGGUGGGUGUGUGAGGAGAUCCCAGACCUCAAACUGGCAAUGGAAAACUACGUACUCAUUGACUAUGACACCAAAAGCUUCGAGAGUAUGCAGAGACUUUGUGACAAAUACAACAGGGCCAUUGACAGCAUUCACCAGCUUUGGAAAGGGACCACCCAGCCCAUGAAGCUGAACAAGCGUCCUUCUAAUGGGCUGCUGAGACACAUCCUGCAGCAGGUGUACAACCACUCAGUGACCGACCCAGAGAAGCUGAACAACUAUGAGCCGUUCUCCCCUGAGGUGUACGGAGAGACCUCUUUUGACCUGGUGGCUCAGAUCAUUGACGAGAUGGAAAUGAUGGAAGAUGACACCUUUGUUGACCUCGGCAGUGGAGUGGGGCAGGUGGUGCUGCAGGUUGCAGCAGCAACCAACUGUAAACACUACUAUGGCGUAGAGAAAGCAGACAUUCCAGCUACCUAUGCAGAGACCAUGGAUAAGGAAUUUAAGAAGUGGAUGAAAUGGUAUGGGAAGAAACAUGGGGAGUACACAUUGGAGAGAGGUGAUUUUCUCUCUGAAGAAUGGAAAGAAAGGAUCGCUAACACAAGUAUUAUUUUUGUGAAUAACUUUGCCUUUGGUCCAGAGGUAGAUCACCAGCUGAAGGAGCGCUUUGCUAACAUGAAGGAAGGUGGGAAAAUUGUAUCCUCCAAACCUUUUGCACCUUUAAAUUUUAGAAUAAACAGUCGAAACUUGAGUGAUAUUGGCACAAUAAUGCGUGUGGUGGAGCUGUCUCCACUGAGGGGCUCCGUGUCCUGGACUGGAAAACCAGUUUCCUACUACCUGCAUACCAUAGACCGCACCAUACUUGAAAACUAUUUUGCUAGUCUCAAAAAUCCUAAACUCAGGGAGGAGCAAGAGGCAGCUAGGCGACGUCAGCAGAAGGACACAAAGGACAGUAAAAGCAAUAGCACCACGCCCACAAAACCGAAAGAACAAACCAAGCAGGACUCCUGUGGUGAGGAGGAGCGUCCUAGUUUGGUGACAGUGGUCAAGCCAUCUGCCAAACCGCGAAGAGCCCGACUCCUGUCCAAAGGUCGCAAGCUGAACAACAAGAAGCGUGGUCGACCCAAGAAAGCUGCCCCAGCUGCUGAGAAGAAAAACAAGAAGAAUCAGAGCGCGCUGGAUCUGCUGCACGCCAAGACCCUCUCUGCAGCACCCCCUCAGGAUGCAUACCGGCCACCUCAGAGUCCCUUCUACCAGCUACCUCCCAAGGUCCAGCACUAUCCCUCUAGUCAUCUGCUGCUGAGCCCGACUCCUCCUGGUCUGCAACAACUGUUAGAUAACAUCAAAGUUCAAUACCUCCAGUUUAUGGCCUACAUGAAGACUCCUCAGUACCGCUCCAACCUGCAGCAGCUUUUAGAGCAGGAGAAGCAAAAACACAGGGACCUGUCAGGGCAGGCAGAGCAGCUCCAUUCAGUCUGCCAGUCUCACAAGGACAAGAUCAAAGGUCUCUUUCAGACCAAACUAGAUGAGCUGGGAGUGAAAGCCCUGACUGUGGAGGACCUGCUGCAGGCACAGAAGGAGAUAUCAGCUCAUAACCGCCAGUUAAAAGAGCAGACUAAGCAGCUUGAGAGAGACAUGGCCUUGCUGAGAGACCACAGCCUGCUACUGCUGAAGUCUCGAUGUGAGGAGCUGAAGUUGGAUUGGGGCUCUUUGUGUCUGGAAAGUUUGUUGAAGGAGAAGCAGGCACUGCGCAGACAAAUCUCUGAGAAACAGAGACACUGCUUGGAGCUCCAGAUCAGUAUUGUGGAACUGGAGAAGAGUCAAAGGCAGCAGGAGCUGCUUCAGCUCAAAUCCUACAGCCCCUGUGAGGGCUCCCCAUACAGAAAGAGCCUGGAAUCACGCUCUUCCACAGACAUGGACUCCUCUAAACUUGGCCUGUCUUCAGCCCCAGCCCUCAAUGGUGUCAGCCCAGAGCUUUCCAUCAAUGGCACCAGCUCACCCUGUUUUGACCGGGGCAAUACCAAGGGGGAGCUUCUGUCUCGCUACCUGCCCAUCUCUCCUGACCACGAGAUCGUGCCUGCAACUCCUGAUGCUCGGCAGAGGCAGCAAGGCUCCUCCUACGCUCUUCCAGAUUACACACGAUUCUCCCCCGCCAAGAUUGCCUUGCGGAGGCACCUUAACCAGGAUCCCACUGCCUCUGCUCACUUGAGAGGUCCGGGGCUGACCACACACAGGGAUUUGGGUGGAGUUAACUCUCCACUUGGGGCCAAACAGAACUGCCCCUCUCCCAAUGCAACUGAUGUACAAAAAAAUUCAGAGAGGGGUUGUAAGGAGAGGAGUCCGUCUGUUCAGGGUGACAACAGCAUUACAAGCCUUCCAAUCAGCAUCCCACUGAGCACUGUCCAUCCAAGUAAACUACCAGUCAGCAUCCCAUUGGCCAGUGUGGUGCUACCCAGUCGUGCUGAGAGACUGAGAAGUACCCCGAGUCCUGUCUCCCAGUCAGGCCAGACCAAUGGAUAUUCAUCCAGUUCAGGGCUGAUGAAUGGAGGUCCCCACCUUGAGGAUCAUAAUGGUGCUUCUUCAUCACCUCCUCCACACAGCAGCACUCCUCUGACAGGACCAAUAGGCAGAGGAGGUCCCAUCCAGAGCCCUCCACUCAGCACUGGAGGGGUUCUCCAGUAUGCAGACGGACCCCCGAGAAUUCUUCCAGAAGACGGACAAGACCGCCAGGGGGGCGAAUCCGACACCGAGCCCCACGACAGUGAACUGCGGAGGAGAAUCUUCUUCUCCUCCUCCUCCUCUUCAUCCUCGUCUUCCUCUUCGUCAGGCAGUGGAGGCAGCGCAGCCGGAGGAUCACGCCUCCACCAUCACACUGGCAACUCAGCCAAGCAGGGAUACCACAGUAACCAUGGAAACCAUCACCACCAGUCCCCUGGCUCACAGCACACUCACACACCCACACAUACAUUGUCAUCACAUUCCUCUCACAGCGUUGGCUCUCAAGAAGGACGCAAGCGGGGGAGAAGGAAACGCAGCUCUGCGGGGGCUAUCACAGCCAGUGGAUCCCCAAAGAGGAGGUCAUUCCCCGGGCUCAGCUCCAACAACCACUCCUCAGGAUCGCCACUCAACAUUAACUCCAUGGUUAACAACAUCAACCAGCCUUUGGAGAUUUCUGCCAUCUCCUCCCCAGAACAAUCAAGCCGCAGCCCCAGCGGGCCUGACCUGGACCAGCCUCCCAUCUUGAAGAGAGAGCGCCCUCUGGAGCUCAAUGGCACAGGUCGUUACUCCUCAGCCCCCAGCUCUGAUGACGAGGAUUCAGGAUACCCUGCUGAUAGCUCUAGUUCACGAAUUGAAAGAAAAAUUGCCACUAUAUCGUUGGAAAGCAGAGAUGGCCCUGGUAGAUUAGGGGAUGGUGAAAGAGGUAGAAAAUCUGCUAGUAGCAGCGGAAACAGCACAGGCAGUGAGGCCUCCUCUUCAUCCUCCUUGUCCUCUACCAGCAAGUGGAAAUCUACCUUUUCACCUAUUUCUGACCCCAAGCAACCCAACUCCGACCUGAGGCAGGGGGGCUCUCCAUUCGGAAUGGGGGGGUCGAGCCGGGGCACAGACUCAGAUUCUGACCACAAACAACAGCAUCAGCAGGUGAGAAAAGGGAGCGAUGGAGAGUCAUCCAGCUACAUGACCCCAAAUCCCUUCCUCAGUCAGGAGGCAGGGACCCGAGGUGGAGGCAGUGGCGGUGGUGGGGUCCAGGGAGGCAGCGGGUCAGACCAACGCCAGGCUCCCCAGAAACAGAAGGCCCCUCGUGACUGGGAGCUGAAGACGAGCAGCAGUCUGGCCAGUCAGAACCUCUUCAUCUCUGCUGCUGCCAGUAGCGGUGGGGGGAUUCUGAGUGGUAAGGUGGGAGGCAGUCCUGUAGCAGUUUCCUCAACGACAGGGUCAUCUGUAGGACAGUACCUGGGGUCUCAGUUCCCACUUGGAGGGACCUCAGUCUUACAGUCCUUGUUUGGGGCGCAGACAGGCGGAUCCACGGUGAGUGGGACCCCACGACUCGUCAACGGACAUUCAGCCCUGGGAAGCUUUUCCAGUGCUGGGCUGGCAGGGGGAGCGGCUGGAGGUAUAUUUCACCACGUGGUUCCCUCAGUGUCCUCCCAUCAGUUUGGGGCAACGCUGCCCACCUCUGGAGGCCUCAGCUCUCUGCUCAGUCUCUCUUCCUCUUCCUCUACCUCCUCGCAAACCCAGCAGCACACUACCCCCCAACCAGCCUCCACACGCCUGGCUUCAGUGUCCUCACCUCUUCCCCUUUCCCUCUCCCAGGCUCAGCACAGCCGCACACAGUCGGUCCUGCACGCCCCUUCUCCCCCCACGCUCUCCCUGCCUCCUCCGCCGCCCCUGCACAGCGUCCCCUCCUCCUCAGUACCCACGCACUCUGAUGCCCCCCCACCAUCCUCUCGAUCAGACUCCCUCCACUCCUCCCGUCUGUCACACUCCUCUCUCCACCACCAGAGAGCACAGUCAUCCCUCUCCCUCUCUCUCUCCAUCUCCUCCUCCUCCACUUCUGCCUCCUCUGCUUCUAUCUCUGCUGCUGCUGCCGCCGCCGCUACUCCCUCCCUCUCCUCUUCCUCUCUGUCAACCUCCUCCUCGUCUCGUCCGUUCGCAGUGCACUACUCCCCCCGGCUGCCCCCUCCACCACCACCAGCCACCAGUUCCGGUGGUGGCGGGAGCAUGUGGAGGACUCAGAGCAUGCAUGGCACCUACAUCGCCUCCCAGCUCCCUGGCUCCCGGCCUAGAUAGGGUUUGGGGGUGAGGGGAAAGGGGGGAGGGUGGGUGAGGAUGGCGAGGGGAAGGGAAAGGGCAAUCAGAGGGUGGAGAGAGGGAGAGAGAGACUGGUAGAGAGUGAGAGAGACAGGAUACCUGUUUUCCUGUGCUCCCACAAGCUGUUGUUCUGAUUGAACAAGGUAAUUGAUGGAAACUACCUCAACAUUAAAUAAACUAUGCAAAUGUCCAGGUGUGGACCAAGGCACUCUCCUCACUCACUGGUGCUUCAAAACGUCUGCACUACCCAACCGCCUCCAAGACCGGCUUCUGUACUGGGAUCUCUCGCACACACACGUACACAUACACACACACACACACACACACACACACACACACACACACACACACACACACAUACACACACACACACACACACACACACACACACACACAUACACACACACACACACACACACACACACACACACACACACGCUCACUCACACACUAACUACCACCACCACUAUGGUCACCUUGAGCAGAAUUCAUCGGUACUGGUCACGUUUAUGUGUUGAGUGUUGUGAGUCAAGAUGCUGAAGAUUUUAUAACAUGGAAAUCAGUACUGGCUGCUGCCCAGAACUGAAUGAACUGAAUUAUCAUGUCUGGUUUAACAUUAAGGUGCUCAGUAGAAUGAUAGUUUGUUGUUUCUUUGUCUUAGUCACCAUUAUAACAAUUAGGAUUCUGCAAAAUAAUCAGUUUUGAGUGGUUUUGUGUAACAUUAACAACCUAUCGAAGCACACAGUCCAGCUUUUUUGAGCUGAGUCUCAUCGGGUGUCACUUUCCCUCCAAAGUUUCACUUCUUACGAGUGCGUGUGUGCACACACUCAAACACACACGCAGACCAGUUCACUGAACUCUGCUCAGAUGUCAUGCAGCUUUUCCUCUCUGCAUGUGUGCUCUCUUAUCUCUGUUUUCUUCCUUCAGUGAAAUUCAGUGUUUGUUGCAGCAUAUUUGACUAUGAAACAAGAUGAGGAACUUAAUAUUUUGGUCUAACGUCACACUGGAUAGUAAGAUAGUUACUCAUGUAGCAGAAAAUGUACAAGCCCUGGCAGGAUUGUUGACACCCUAUAAACUCUGAUUAGGUUGAUUAUUUGCCAUAUUUUUAUUUUGAAGAAAAUGAAAACUGUGGGUUAUUCACUUUUAUGUCUCUUUACUUAAAAGCAAAGUGGUAGAAAGAUCACAAAAAACUCUUCUGCCUGCCCUUUUUGACAUAAAGCUAAGAACUAACGCUUCCUUUCUCUGCUACUAACUGGAGCAAAACCAUUGAAAUUCACGUUCUGAGAAAUUAAAUUAAUUCUUGAGGUGUGGUUCAGUGUUUCUCCUUUAAUAUCAGAUAUUAAACAUAUCGGUGAAAGUUUGUUUACUCAAAAAGGAGCCUUUUGUUAUUUUGUUACAAUAAUAAGGCAUAUUUCACAUUCUCUAAAAGACAGAAUGAUGAAGAGUAUGAAAGACCAUCAGUGUAUAUUGUGACGUCCUUACAUAUACAAUAUUCUAACUUUGGGAAUAUGGUGAAUUAGCAACAUUUCCAGGGUUGCCAAUAAUGCUGAGCAGAGAGAGUACAUUUUAAUAUUUUUUUAAAAGACCCAAUGAAAUUCAUUUAAUGAGAUGGUGCUCUGUGUAGAUAUUGUUAGCCACUCUCUUGUAGAAACCCACUGUUAGUGUCAGUGUAGAGUGUUGUGGCUGCACUGUUGUCAAGUGAAGCUGAAUCCAGGUGUAAAAGAAUGACAGUAAAACCACAGAUUUAAAGAUUUAACUAAUUUCUGUAUUUAUUAACAUUUUCUUCUUCAGUCAAUUUGCAAAAUCACACUACUAUGUGGGGCCACAGCAGAAAUAUUCUUACAGCAGGAAUUUUUAAACUUUUCUUAAGCUAAACGUAUUCAUAUUUAUCUCUGCUGUUGGGAAAUGCAGGUUUAGGCAAAAUGUGUUAAGGCUCAAAUAUGGACACAUGUUUUGUGGAAUUAUACUGCAUUUAGUUAAUACAACAACGCGCACACAUACACACUCAUGCAUGCAAAUCCUCACACACUGGGAAAAACACAAUUAACCAUAACCACAACAAACUACUGGACUCUUUUCACACCUUUUUGUUUGCUUUUUUAUUGUGUAAUUUGUUUUUGUUUUUUUUUGUAAACAAUGUUUGUACUGUGAAUGUGAUUCAUUCUCCAACUGUAUAGUUGUGUAUAAUUUAGAUUAUUAUAUUUAUGCUGUCAGUCUCGCCAUUUGCCUUUGUAUUUGUUUUUCUCUUUUUUUUUUUUUUUAUCCUGAAAUGUGUUGACAUUGUAGAAUGCAAUAGUGUGUGUACUUGACUCACAGUCUGAAAACAAUGGUGCUAAAUUUGGACUGUGCCUGAUCUUAUUUAUUCUAUAGUGAAAACAUCAAAAACAAAUCGAAUACUUGGUGCUGUACACAGGGACAUUUGUAAAGCCUUUUUUGGCAUUUCCUUUCUCAUAUUUAAUAUGCUAUUGUCUGGUUCUUUGAAUGCCUAGUGUACAACUGUAGACACCACCGUUCGAUAAAACUACUCUGCAACAGCUGGCUCAGAGUCUGAGUAAACAGGUAUAAGGGGCCUCUGUUCAUUUCUCACGCAGCUGUUUUAAACAUGCCUCAGCCCGCUUUGCUCUCAAUAGCGAGCUGCUCAUCUGUAAGUGAACAAGACACACUGUUUUUGUACAUAAGUUUUUGUUUCUCCUUGUAUGUCUCCAUCAUAAACAGAAAGGUAUAUAAAAUAUGUAUCUAUAUACAGUCUAUAUAUAUGAGUAUAUAUAUAAGUGAAUAGGGGUGUUUUGGUGCUGGCAUUGUGACCCUUAAAUUCAACCUGUUAAACAGGAGGCUUGAAGCCAAGGAGAGUGAAGCAUUGUCACCACCGGACCUUAACAGAUGGCGCCAAACAACAUGGCGACACAACCGCACCUGUAUCCUUGUGAUAUACACACCACAGAAACCAGAAACUCAGAAGCUGUGUGCAUUUAACACACAGAGGUGCUGUGGCUUGAACACAACUAGAUUUCAGCACUAGAACUAUUAUCACUUUUAUCAGAUGUUUUUGCCUCUUUGUUUCUCUCUUUUUUAAUUUUUCUUCUUCUUUUAUACCAACCCAGAUUCUGCAGGAAAAAUGGUGCUUCUGUUUCCAGAAAAUGGCAAUUCAGAUUUUACUAACGGAAAACUUUAACUGGUGCAUACAGAACUAAGUGUCAGCCUCUUUUACACACACUGUCUGUCUGUAGAUGUCUUACUGACUAGGCCUGCCCUUGUACUGUAAGCAUACUGUGAGACAUGCUGAUGUAAAUCACUUGUGUUAGGGUGUACGUGUGCAUCACUUGGUUGGGAGUGAGAGCAGCAGCCAAGCUUUUUCUGUUUCUGUGAUAGUGGGAAUACACUUAAGCUCA